CUAUCUGCAACAACAAUGGUGGGCCUUGCCAAGGAUCCCAGCACCAGCUGUGAGCAAUGCCAGAAUGUUCUGAAGGCAACAAUAGAAGUGCCCCAUGUUGGGGAAGUGAACUUCCAGUGCACCCACCUGGAUCAUCUCGACGAGAACUGGCGGAUGAAGCAAGUCGGCGCCAUCAUCCAGUCGAGCGACUCUCCCCACAUCUUGGCUGGUGGCCUCAACUCUCUCGACGAGACCGAUUACUCGCAAGAGCGGUGGACCGACAUCGUCAAGUACUAUGAAGAGAUGGGAAAACCGACCCCAAAGGUUGAAGUCAUGAGGUUUCUGAAGAGCAAGCAGUACACAGAUGCUAAGGACUUUGCCGGAGAAUGCGAGUCCGUGGUCGUCAUUGCCAAAGGACAAAGUGUGCAAGGGACGUGCAAAUACGGAACGAGGGUGGACUACCUACUGGCGUCACCAGAUUGCCCAUACAAGUUCAUUCCAGGGUCGUAUUCGGUCCUGUCAUCGAAAGGGACAUCGGAUCACCACAUCAUAAAGGUCGACGUCACGAAAUGCGAAAACAACCCUCCCCAUGAAAGCAAUGGCAACAACAAUAAAAUUACCAAGAAAAGGCGACGACAACGCAAGCACCAGGCCGUUGUAAAGAUCUCAGGCACAGCUCCUCCUUCAAAGGGUAUAUGGACAACGAACACAUUAAGCAAAGUCGAAUGACAUUACAUUUAUAUCUCCCUUUUCUUUCCACUCUUUUCUCAGCUGCUGCUCCUGUUGCUGCUGUUGAGUGAUCUUGGGCAUGCUGGCUUCGUCAAUCUCUGUGUAAAUCUUCGAUUGUUUUGUGCAUCUUGUCUUCUCUGUUUUUUUUUUCUUCAGUUUAGAGUUGAAGAGGGGAGGGUUCUGGUGUGAUGGCUUCCUCACAUCUGUAUAGAUUUCGACACGACAGAAGUGAAUUCUUACGUUUCAACUAGGCAUUCUAAGCGGUUCUGCCAAGUUCUUUUUCAGUAUUUUAUGCCUUUUCUUUCCGCUUGUAAUCUUAACUGCAAGAUUCAGAUUAGUUUUGUCGAGGGCGACAUCUCAAGUUGA